AUGGGAGUCACAUUUCAACCAUACACACCCGCAACCUCACUCGGCGACGAGCUAGCCAUCAUCUUCGCGUUUACUGCCGCGAUGAUCGGGACAACGAUCAUUUAUGUCUUUUUCUGGCGUAUCCGACAGAAAAAGAACCACGAAGAAGACCUCGCCCGUCGCAAAGCCUUCCAAAGCCGCUCAGCUUCCCGCGCAGAGACCUUUAAUUUUGAUCUACAGCUCGGCACCACUGCGACCGUCAUAGCAGGCGCAAGCGUUGCAGACAGCUCAGAUAUAGGUACCGUUAUGGGAUCGAGCUCGACCGCUACUGCUAUACAUGAGAAGAUGACGGAUCGGAAUGCUGUUCCUGAGUAUCGGGCGGAGUUACCUGUUCAUGGAAUGGAGUUUGCGCGGGGAGCAAAGGUUAUAGGGUUGCGGAGGUAG